GGUCCUUGGUAAGGAGGCGUGUAUGGACUUUAUUGGUAAAAGAGGCAAAAUUCGGAACCAGUAUAAGUUCAUUAUUUCGCCAUCGGAAGUAUUAAGCCACGGAAAGGGGAUUGCAAGCAGCGCAAACAAUAAACCUACAUCUUCAGACGAUUAUUUGGAUGAGUUCCUGGAGGAGCCUAACACUGCUUGGUUGACAUCCCACGAGAACGAAAACUUACCUACAAGUAUUUACAAGAACAGUAACUUACCGUCAGAUAAUAGAUAA